CUAUAAACAAAAAAACCCACCAACAACAAUUAAUCAUAUCCCUCAUCCUCACCUUUAUAUCUUACAUUAUCCAACCAUUUCUUGUCCUUUUUUAUUAAAGAGAAGAGAAAAUAAAAAUGGGUAAUAACAUAGGAGGUGGAAAUAGUAAACAUGCCAAAAUAAUGAAAAUUAAUGGAGAAUUCUUCAAAUUUAAAUUACCAUCAAAAGUUUUAGAUGUAACAAAAGAAUACCCAAACCAUAUUCUCUUAGAUUCACAAGACUUUCUAAGGUUUAAUCUUAGAGCAAAACCUCUUAACCCACAAGAUGAACUUAAACCCAAAAAAAUUUACCUUCUUCUUGAACUACCCGAGUUUCCUAAUGAUAUUAAUACUCAAAGUCCUCUUAGAAGGGUAAGAUCAGGUGUGCUCAUGUCUCCAAUAACAAGAAGUGGAGAUUUGAUGAUGAAGAAGGUGAAUAGGAGAUCAGUUUCUGAUCUUACAAUCAUUACAAGAUCAAAGACUGUAAGGUUUGCUGAUGAUGAUAAUGGUGGUGGGUCCCUUGGAGGUAGCCCUGUGGGUCCUACAAGGUUGAAGAUUAGGUUACCUAAAGCUCAAGUUGAGAAAGUUAUGGAGGAAAGUGGAAAUGAUGAUGUUGAAGUUGCUAGGAAGAUUGUUAGGCUUUGUUUGGAAGAUAAAGCCGCCCUGAAUGGUGGCAUCACGGCGGCAGCUAUGGUGGAGGAAAGGAAAAAUGAUGAAGUGGUUGAAGAAGAGAGACAUUGUAGGGAUGUUCAUGGGAGGUGUAGUCCUUGCUAUAAUUACCAUAGUAAGUAUAAAAAAUUAACAUCUUAAUAUUACUUGUUUAAUUUGUAAUACAAUAUGUGUAUUGUAAAUUCGGAUGUAUAUUUAUAAGUUUAAUCUUUUAAUUUAGUUGAUUUUUUGAUGUGGUAUCAGAGCUCAACAUAAUAUCAAUCAAACAUUUAGGGUAAUGAUUGAUUUAAGUUGCAUCUAAAUUAAUUCAUUUAGAUGUUAUUUUGUAGUAAAAAUUCAUAGUAUAUGAUCAUGUUAAAAGAAGUGUAAGAGAUUGGGAUGUGAAUAAUUAGGCGUAAAUGUAAUCAUUUAGUAUGGUUGAUGGUAAUUGGUAAGAGUGAAUCAAUCAUGAGUUUGCGUAGAAUUUGUGAUUAACGUAUAAAGUUUUGGUUAGUGAACUACUUAGAUGAACGUAUGAUAAUUAAGAUUGUAUGAUGUAGUAUUAAUUAUGUGGGUAUUUUCUGUGAAGUGAAAUUCUUGUAAAUGUUUUGGUCAAAGUUUAUACAUGCUUAUUUUCUGAUUGUAUGAUACUUACUGUACAUUUCUUUUUUCAUUUGUUUUACAAACUUUAUUAUAUUAUUUAUAUUAUUAUGUUAUAAAAUAACUUAUAAAUUAUUUUAUUUAUUUCUAUUUUAUUCAUAUUCACACUUUAUUUUUACAUUUUUAUCAUUAUUAGUG